AUGGUCCAGUACGGUACGUUGGUGUGGUUCCUGAGUGAUCAGCCCCUGGACAGCGCUUCCUUUGUGGACAUACAACUCCGGAAGUGGGGUCACAUGGCUACAGAAAGGGAUCUGGGCUCUGCUACUGUAUUUCUAACAUCUCUUGCUGCAAAACCAAGCAGCAUCCUCACCCUGAAGGACCUGCCUCUUCUGGACCGUGGCCACCAGCCAACAGGCGUAAGGGCACACAGUGGGGUCACCACAGCCAUCCGGAGUAUCACAGGAAAGGAUCAUCAGAGGGAAGGACUCAGUAGCAGAAUAAAUUCCAGAAGAGAACUCGCAGACAAAAAACAGGACUUCCAGGUGCGUGUGAGGAUCAUUGAAGGCCGCCAGCUCCAGGGAAACAACAUCAAGCCCGUGGUGAAGGUCUUCAUCGGCGACCACGUGUACAGGACGAGAAUCAAAACGGGGAACAACCCUUAUUUUAAUGAGAUAUUUUUCCAGAACUUCCAUGAGACGCCUACUCAGCUCUUUGACGAGACCAUAACCAUACAGGUGCUAAACUCAAGGGCUGUGCGAGCGGAUUCCAUCAUUGGAGUGUUCAAGCUUGAGGUUGGCCGUGUGUACGACUCUACUGGUCAUGCUCUCAACUGGAAAUGGCUCAGUCUUUACCACCCGACUCAUCUGAAUGCUGGCUUGAGAGGCUACUUGAAAGUCAGCCUUUGUGUGCUCGGAGCCGGGGACCAGGCACCGGAGCUGGACAAGCCUGCAGAGAGCGAGGACAUAGAGUCCAACCUUCUCAAGCCAGCAGCGAUGCCCGUAUGCAUGGCCACCUUUCAGCUCCGCAUAUACAGAGCUGAGGAUAUGCCCCAAAUGGAGGAUUCCUGCCUGCACUACUUUAGGUCCAUGUUCCAGAUGCAUGAUGACAAAAGGAUCUGCGUUGACCCUUCUGUGGAAGUUAGUUUUGCAGGGAAAACGUUACCGUCCGUGUGUGAUAAGAUCAAGCUAACAGUUCUGAAUGGGGACCAAGCAGGAAAGAGGGACAUUCUUGGGACCACGUACAUCAACCUGUCCCAGGUGUCCUCCACGGGGGCUGAGAUAGAAGGGGAUUUCUCCGGGUUCCUGCCAUGCUUUGGACCCAGCUUCCUGACCCUCUAUGGGAGCCCCAGGGAAUUCACCAGCCUCCACGACCCAUAUGAGAAACUCAACUCUGGGAGCGAAGAAGGGGUGGCCUAUCGAGGUCGGAUUCUAGUGGAAUUAAACACCAGCAUGGAUAGGACCCCCCGGCAGGAAACAGAGGAGAUCCCUGCAGAGGCUGUUGCCAGGGUGGAGCGAUAUUUGUCCCGGCGCAAGUACGGCCUGUGUGCCAUCUUCUAUUCAGCCACCAUGCUCCCCGCUAUCAAGGAGCUGAUCCAGUUUGAGGUCAGCAUCGGGAACUAUGGCAACAAGUUUGACGUGACAUGCAAGCCCUGUGCCUCAACCACCCAGUACAGCCAAGCUGUGUUUGACGGAAACCAUUAUCACUAUCUGCCGUGGUACGACACCAAGCCAAUGGUGGCCAUCACUUCGUUCUGGGAGGACGCUAGCUACUACAUGGACACCCUGAACAUCCUGCAUUCCACACGGGACAGGCUGACAUCGAAUCUGGAUGCUCUGAGAUCCGUCCGAACCGCCAAGGAUCCAUCUUUGGGUGAUGUCUGGAAGAAGCUGCUGAAAGAGCUGCUGGAGGACUGCAACAGGCCACUGCCCAGUUUGGAAGGUCAGGUGACAGCCACAGUCCUGGAUCAGCAGCUGAGGGACCUGCGUGGUCGGCUCCUCCACCAAGUAGCCAGGUCUGCAGAGAGGCUGAGCGCUGGGAUGAACCCAAAGACCUUGAUCCUCAAGGUAGAGGACUGGCUACAGAGGAUCAACUCCGUCACUCCGGAGCCCCAAGCCAGCAUGCCCGACGUGAUGAUCUGGAUGCUUUGCAAGGAGAAGCGGGUGGCCUAUGCCCGCGUGAAGGCUCACACCAUCAUGUUCUCCAAGGCUGGUCCCUGCGCCUGUGGCAAGCUGUGCGGGAAAACCCACACCCUCUUCCUGAAGAGCCCCCAGCGGGAUGGGAAGGACACCAUCCAUGGCCAGCUGCGCAUGCGAAUGUGGCUGAGUCUGGUGUCCAACAGCCAGGAGUUCAUGAGGCACUGUGAGGGGAAGAUUGGGGUCUAUGCAGAGACGUAUGAGAACCAGGUGAAGAUCUUUGGGAAGUGGGGGCCCAAAGGGCUGAUGCAGCACCCCAGCUUCUCGGACAUAACCGGGAAGAUUGGUGUCCCGAGGGACAAGUUCCAGCUGCCCAAGGGCUGGCACUGGGAUGGCGACUGGGCAGUGGAGCCACAGAGGAGGCUGCUGCUGGAUACUGAGACCAACCACAGAGAGGUGCUGGAGGAGGUGUACGAGAAUGAGAGCCGGCAGCCAGGGGAAGAGUGGGCCCCAGCUCCUUCUCCCAACACUGAUGCGGGCGGAGCCGCUGUCUCCCCAAAGGAAGGGAUCGUAUGCCCUAAGGGCUGGCACUUCGAGGAAGGCUGGAGGGUGGAGGUGAACCGAGCUGUGGAUGAGUCUGGCUGGGAGUACGGCAUUGGCAUUCCCCCCACUGGAACCCCCCAGUCCUGGAAUGCUGCAGAGAAGACAUACCACACACACCGGCGUCGGCGCUGGCUGCGGAGACGCUGUCGGGACCUGAACGCUCAGAACCAGGAGCAGGAAAUCGCCUCCUUUCUCCAGCUGCACUCUACAGGGAAGCUGGCGGAAGAGGACACCUGGGAAUACGCCUCCUUUUUUGGCUGGAAGUUCCACCUACAGCCCCGGCCGCAUGACACUUACCGGCGGCGCUGCUGGCGCAGGAAGCUUGUGCCCGUGCAGCCUGCCAGGGUGGCUCCCAUUUUCCUCUUGGAGGGCUCCCUGCUGAACACUCCUCUGAUCACCUGUGUCUUCCAGCAGCCCAGUUACUACCAGCUACGCUGCUACAUCUACCAAGCCAGGGAUCUGACACCAAGCGAUGGCAGGAGCUCCUCCGAUCCCUAUGCCCACGUGUCCUUCCUGCACAGGAGUCAGCGCACGCAGACCUUGACUGCCACCCUAAGCCCCAGCUGGGACCAGACCCUCAUCUUCGACCAUAUACUGAUUUACGGAGACCCCCAGGCCACCCGGCAGGACCCGCCGCUGGUGGUUUUGGAGCUGUUUGGCCGGGACAUCAUUGACAAAGAUGACUUCCUGGGGAGGAGCAUGUGUUCCCCACUGGUAUGUCUGGAUCUUGGAUCCCGACACCUCCCCCGCCUCCAAUGGUAUCCAAUCACAAAGCAGCAGAAGGAAGCGGGCGAGCUCUUAGCUGCCUUUGAGCUCCUAUUGGAUCCCAAGGAUGGUGCCCCAGGCCGCCUUCCUGCUCCCUCCUGGAAGAACGGGAUCUACGUCAUCCCUAGCGGCAUCCGGCCCACGCUGACACUGAUGGCCAUUGAGAUCCUAGCCUGGGGCCUGCGAGGCCUGCAGAGCUACAACCUGCUGAGCGUCAUGUCGCCGAGCCUGGUGGUGGAGUGUGGAGGAGAGGCCAUCCAGACAGCUCCCGUCAGAGACCUCCACGAGAACCCCAACUUCCCAAUCAAUGUCUUCCUCAUGAGAGUGCACCUGCCCAUGGAAGAAGAUUUAAUGCCCCCCAUCGAGCUGAAGGUCGUGGACAACCGGGAGUUUGGGUAUAAGCCAGUGGUGGGCCAGGCCAGCGUGAGAUCCCUGCGCCAGUACAUGUGCGAGCCGUCUGCAGAGGGGCACCAUCCCAGCCUGCCAGCCCCAGUGGCUCCUAAGGGGAAGUUUGCAAAGAUGCUGAGCAGGAUGGCUGCUGAGUCGUGGCUUCGAACAACACCAAGAGAAGAGAAGGAGGAGGAGGAGUGUGUCGACUGGUGGAGCAAGUUCUAUGCUGCCAUGGGGGAUCUGGCAAAGAGCGGGGACUACCUGCAGACAGGGCUGGACAGCCUGAAGGUCUAUAACUGUGAGCUGGAGGCUGUGCCAGAGUUCCAGGGCCUGCAGGAUUUCUGCCAGACCUUCAGGCUGUACCGCGGGUUGGUGCAGGAGAAGGCCAGCGAAGACCCCCUGGUGGUCGGGGAAUUCAAGGGACUCUUCCAGAUCUACCCACUGCCGGAGGACCCCAGCUCCCCACCACCGCCGCGCCAGUUCCAGGAGCUGCCCGAAAGCCAACCCCAGAAGUGUCUGGUCCGGGUUUACAUCGUCCGGGCCUUUAACCUCCCGCCAAAAGAUAGGAAUGGCCUGUGCGACCCCUAUGUGCAGGUCACCCUGGGCAAGAAGAAGCUGGGGGACAGAGAUCAGUAUCUGCCCAACACCCUGGAACCUGUCUUCGGCAGGGUGUUCGAGCUCCCGUGCACCCUCCCGCUGGAGAAGGACUUGCAGAUCUCGCUCUUUGACUACGACCUCAUCCUCCCUGACCAGAAGAUAGGGGCCACCAGCAUCGACCUGGAGAACCGGCUCCUGUCCCGCUUCCGGGCCAGCUGUGGGCUGCCCCAGUCCUACUGCAUUUCUGGCCCCUGUCAGUGGCGAGAUCAGCUCCUCCCCACCCAGUUACUGGAGAACUUUGCCAGGAUGAGGAGUCUGGCCCUGCCCGAGUUCAGUGCAGACGGAGGCAAAGCCACCUUCAUGGGCAGGGCCUUCCUGCUGGGGCAGUUUGAGAACAAGGUCCCUGCACACGGUCACCUGGGGCCCCCAAGAGAGCGCCUGGCCCUGCAUCUGCUCCGCACCUGUGGGCUGGUCCCCGAGCACCUGGAGACCAGGACACUGUACCACAGCAUCCAACCCGGCAUUGACCAGGGGAAGCUGCAGAUGUGGGUAGACGUUUUCCCAGAGAGCUUUGGCCCCCCAGGCCCUGCCUUCAACAUCACCCCACGGAAGCCCAAACGGUACGAGCUGCGCUGCAUCAUCUGGAACACGCGGGACGUGGAUCUGCAGGACACCAGCAUCACGGGGCAGAGGAUGAGCGACAUCUACGUGAAAGGGUGGCUGGAUGGCCUGGAGGAGGAGAGGCAAAGAACCGAUGUCCACUACAGGUCCCUGGGAGGAGAGGGCAACUUCAACUGGAGGUUCAUCUUCCCCUUCGAGUUCCUACCCAUGGAGCAGGUCUGCGUCCUGCCCGAGAAGCAAUCUCUCUGGAGCCUGGAUAAGACGGUGCUCAAGGUGCCCCCGAAGCUCGUCCUCCAGGUGUGGGACAACGACAAGUUCUCGGCCGAUGAUUUUCUCGGCGUUCUGGAAAUCCAACUGCUCAGCAUGCCCUGCCCAGCCAGGCGCCCCCGGGCCUGCACCCUGAAAAUGCUGCAGGAUGAAAGCAACUCCUCUGCCCCUCCCCGCCGCCCCAGGAGAACCUCCCUCUUCAAGCAAAGGCUUGCCCGAGGCUGGUGGCCGUGCGUGGUGCAGGAGGAGGGCAGGCAGCGGCUGUCGGGGAAGAUCGAGAUGACACUGGAGCUGCUGACAGCCAAGGAGGCGGAAGAGCGGCCUGCUGGGAAGGGAAGGGAAGAGCCAAACAUGAACCCCACUCUGCAGCUACCUGUGCGCCCAGAAGCCUCGUUCCUGUGGUUCACGGCCCCCCUCAAGAGCCUACGCUACAUCCUCUGGCAGCCACACAAGUGCAAGAUCAUCCUGGGGUUCCUGCUGCUCCUGCUGCUGCUCCUGCUUGCAGCCUUCAUCUACUCCUCCCCGGGCUACCUGGCCAUGAAGCUGAUAAACCCCUUCCGCAGUCUCCAUUCCUUUGGGAGCCUCAAUCCUCUGGAGGGGAGCAGCAGGAGCCCGUAGGCCACAAGCCGGCAGCAGCACCCCCAGCCCAGCUCCUGGGAUGACAACUGGCCACAGGCCCUGAAGACAGACAGCACCUGCUGUCCCCUAGCACAGAGGGACCUGGCCCUGACCUCCAGCCUGAGGAGUUGGGCAGCAGCACCCCUUCCACAUUCACCACCCACUGCCCUACAGGCAGCUGGAUCUUCCUGCCUCCAAGCAGCAGCCAGUCUUAUCACUCCCUCCCUGGCCUGCGCUCCUGCUGCUCCUUCCCUGGGGGCCAAGGGGCACUCACCGCAGGCCAGUGAGGCUAACUAGCUCCUCAGCUAGAAAGCAGC